AUGUCUCAACCCCGCCUCCCGCUCCCCCAAGUCCCAGGUCCCAAGCUCGCGCCCUUCUACAACGGCCAAGCCGAGAUUGAAUUCCUCGAGCCGCUUGGGAAUGCCGAAGAGGACUAUGAAGGCGCCGUCUGGAAGGUCCAGAUCAAAGGGGCCACGUAUGCUCUCAAAAUGUUCAAGUUCCGCGAGGCCGAGUACCUGAGAGACUCGGGCGAGGGCGGCUAUCAACAGGGCCAGUUUCAAUCCCUACAGCACUACGUCGAUUUCUAUGAUUCCUUCAACUGCGAGUGUCGUGCCUACGGCCGGCUGAAAGAGCGUGGCAGGGAAGACCUCGCCAUCCCCGCCCAGGGCUACCUCCUUUUGACUUCUAGACAAGAAGAUCUUCUUGGCUAUGGCAACGACUUCUGGAACCGGACAGCCGAGUACAAGAAUCGCGACAAGCAUCCCAUCCGCGCCAUCGUCAAGGACUUGGCCACCGAGAUGAUCCCAUUCAGAGAAGUACAGGUCGGAUCCCUGUGGAGGGACGCCCACGAACUGCACCAGCUGGGCAUCCUCAACCUCAUUGUCAAAAUGGACGGGACACCGGGUUGGGACCAGAAAAAGGUGGCCAUGCCCCAGGGCCUGAGAGACGCCGGAGCAUACGCUGAGAGCAGCGGCGACAGCGACCCGACCGCAUACAAUUGGCGCGAGAAAAUGAGCGACAAGGAACGCCACACAGCUGAUGAAUUUUACGGCAGAGAUUAUCUCAUGGUGCCCGCGUAAUUCGUUAGGAACUCGGAGGAAGCGUCUGGCGGGUUUGUUGACGGCGCCAGCCACCGUUGAUGGGACGCACCACCCCUAGGGUGCCUUGGUUCUAAAUCGGCUAUGGGGGAGGUGCCCCAAGUACGGUACUUACCUGUGUACCUGGAUUGGACGAGACGAAUUACCCUACCAUUGCUGGUCGAGGUAUGGCGUGGUCCUGUCCACCUCAAGCCCCAAGGGCAGGCACCUGGAAUAGCUUGAGAUGUUAAUCUUGAAUCAAAACUAGAUUCC